AUGAAGAUCCUGUUUGGUCUCGCCUUUGUUCUUUGCUUUUCAGUCAGUAAGUUAUUUUAGUCUUGUUCAAUCUGUUUUUUCUUGUUUAGAUUAGGAUAUAAAUGCAAAGGAAAUUUGCUCUGUACGUAGUUUCCCGCCGUUCCCUUUGCUGGCGUCCUUUAUCUUCUUUCUCGGAAUCAUGGGGUGUGGCUCGCCAUUUUGCUUCUCACUUUCUAUCCGCACAAUCCGGACAAACAUCAAUGAUUUUCACUCUUGCUUUAUAGCUUCAUUCGGAACGUAACGUUUGAUAAGAGUUUAAUAAGCCAGUGAUAUAUUAGGAAAGAAAUAAACGUGAUUGUACCCUCCAGUUUUUUGCAUUUAAGUAGAAUAAUUGAACACAUCUUUAACGGCUGUGUUGGAAAGUAUCUAGCACGGUAAUGAGCCAAAGAGAGGGCAGUGUCGGCUAGGUAGCGUAACUUUGUCGAACUUUGUGUUUGGUGUUGACGAACGUUCUUUUAGUUCUGAUUUCCAAGGAUUCUGUACGUGGUGUGAGUAUUCGUGGAUGAAUUUAACGAAAAGCACGAGUCGAAUUAAAAUGCUCUCCAAUUCUGUGAGAUUCUUUAGUCGAUUCCACAAACGCGGAAAAACCGAAAAAAGGAUGCGCAUUCCAAGAAAGCACGCGGUCAGUUCCUGUUAUUUUAGUGAUCUGAGUCACCUGAGCGCCGUCCUUACGUAAUAUAGAAAGCGUUUAUUUGAUUAUCGGUAUAAUACGAUAGCCUGACUACUAUAAUAUCCCAGACUUAAAUUGUAGUUUACUGAAUGAAUGUAAAAUUAAGGAAUUUGUAGAUCUUAUGCAAAAGAAAUAUAUCUCGUACUGGAAUCAUACCCUUCAACAUUCACAAAAACUUAACUUUUAUUACAAAAUCAAAACGAAUUAUAGCUCCCCUGCCUAGCUAGAUCUAACAAGAAAGAACCCUUCUAGGAAACCAUUGGUGAAACUGAGAAUAAGCAGUCACAAACUUAGGAUUAAAACAGGUAGUUACGACAAUAUACCACGUGAUGAAAGGCAAUUGUGACAGAAUUGAAGAUGAAACUCACUUUUUAUUAGAUUGUCCAAGUUUUUCUUCCACAAGAGAGAUGUUCUUCUCUAAACUAGAGCCUACAAUACCAUUUCUACGACUACAAUCACAUGAGACCUUAUUAUCAAACCUAUUGAAUUCUACUGACUAUUUCAAAUUUCAUUUAUAUCAUCUUGCUUUGAACUGAGAGACAAACUUGUUUCUGAAAUAAUUAAUCUAAUUAAUCCUACUGGUUGAAAAUAGGUAAUGAUUAAUAUUUAUAGAGGAGAUUACAUUGCUUCGAGGAGAUACAAAAUUUCUUCGAGUGUUGAAAAUAUAUUUCAAAGGAAAAAGCAACGGUGAUCUUUUCUCAUGUGAAGAUAACAUGUUAUUUUCAAGUGUGAAAAUAUCAUGUUUUCGCGCGAAAGCUCACUAGGUAUUUCACUGGUGUUUAUAUAGUAAUUAAAGUUAUUUUGAAUAUUUAAUUUAAAAAGGAAUCAAUAAUUAAGUUCAAGUAACUUUUGCAAUACUGUAAGGCACGGUUCAGACGCUGAUCUUUUCAUGAGCCGAAGCUAAUACAUUAAAUUAAGUACGUGAAAAGCGUUUGAAUCAAUUAGGAACGCCCGUUUCAAUUUGGAACGGCUCAGCCGUUCUUUUCGCCUAGCCCGGCCCGGAAUUUCGCCUUUAGAGAAUGGCUUUGAUUCACACGCCGAAUUUUUCAUGUAACGAACCUAAUGCAUAAAUUAUUAUAACUUAUUUUGCAAGCAGUUGACUGAAAUGAACAUUUUUCGCCUUUUGAACUUAGCUGAGCUGCAAUUAAAAUCGGCGUCUGAAUCAAUUCAGCCAGUCUAAAUAAUUUGGGUCCGCCUUAAUUCCAAUUAGGUUCGGCUUAUGAAAAGUUCGGCGUCUGAACCGGGCCUAAUACUUUGUUAUAAUCAUACAAAUAAAGCUUAUUGUUGUUGUUGCUUAAGGUGUUUCGAUACAGUUUUUCAGACGCUAUACCGAUAUUUUUCAAUCGCCUUGAAAGUAGUUUUUUCCUCGUUCGAUCGCUACAAAAUUUUCACCAGUAAUUGGAUAUGGAUUGAAAUUUGUGAAAAUGUAGUUUUCAGUAAAAUCGAUAUUACUAUGACAACAAUAAACAAAAAACUUUGAAAUUGAUAAAAGACGAAUUUUGUAUGAUCUAGACCAGCUACUGAAAAUCCAACACUAGGAACUUAAAUUUCACUAUACAUACCUUCAUGACUAGUACAUUUUAGAUUGAAUUUAUCGCAUCUUUUGAAUGUAAAACAUUAACGAUAUUCACAAUGAAAUGUACUAGUCAUUGCAUCAUUCUGACGUUACUUAAGAAUAAUUUGAGUCAUUUAUAACGUUUUUAUUAAAUAAUCUAUCACGGCUAUUGAAAAUUUAAGGUUUGAAAUAUAUUUUCGUUUUAGUCGAAUUCAAACAUACAGAAUUUUUUACUUCUUACUAAACACCAAACUUUAAGUUCCUAUUAUUGGUUUUUCAGUAGCUGGUCUAGAUCGUGCAAAAUUUGGCGUUUAUCAAUUUCAAAGUUUUUUGUUUAUUCUUGUCAUGGUAAUAUAGAUUUUAAUAAAACUUACAUUUUGACAAAUUUCAAUCUAUAGUCAAUCAUUGGAGAAAAUUUUAUAGUAAUCAGACAAGGAUUAGAUCACUUUUAAAGCGAUUGAAAAAUAUCGGUAUGGCCUCUGAAAAACUAUAUCGAAACACCUUAAAUGUUGCCACUUUCCUUUAGCAACGCAGACCAAACUGAAUUGUGUCAGUCCUCUACAAGUUUGUCCAACAUUUCGCGCGUUUUUCCAUGAGAAAUGCUUGUCUGAAGAAAUGAGGUGAUGGGCAAAGGUUCAAUAUCCAUUUAAUACCAAAUGGUUUAAGCGUCGAAAAACAAAAAUAUUGAAUUGUUACUAUGGGAUAGUUAGGUGUGUCGGCCUUCGAGAUUCAGGCUAUUAAUUCUAUUUUCAUAUUUGUUUCUUUUUUCCAGGUUAUGCCCUGAAAUGCUACCAAUGUUUCUCUGUUAAGAGCUGGCAUGACUGCCAAGACAGUAAAAUACCGGUAAUCUGUCUGGACGGUUGGGACCGUUGUGUUAAACAGAAUGUAAAAGGUGAGAUCAUCUCAGGCGAGCCGAACUCUGAACUCUUUGCCAAAGGAUGUGCCAAGUCAUCUGCAUGCAGCGCGAAGAACUGCACACGGGACAACAACGGUUGGGACCGUUGUGUUAAACAGAAUGUAAAAGGUGAGAUCAUCUCAGGCGAGCCGAACUCUGAACUCUUUGCCAAAGGAUGUGCCAAGUCAUCUGCAUGCAGCGCGAAGAACUGCACACGGGACAACGCCUCGGUGAACAUCACCAAAUGCGAACUCGACUGCUGUAAAGGAGACCUGUGCAAUGGAGCCGAAGCACCAAUGCUUAGCGCCAUCAUGCUGUUGUCAUGCGCUAUUGUAGCUUUUGCUCGAUAA